AUGCAAUCUCAGCUUAUACAAAUACUUGGUAUAAAACGUUGUUAUCGUAUACCUUUAAAGAUUUGUACUAUUUUUUCUCUUGUUCCAGGAUGCUAUUGGGCAUUAAAAUCGAUUUUAAGUGCAUAUACAACACAUACAGCAUGCAUACAUCGCGCAUAUAGUCCAGCAUAUACGGCAAUGGAGAUAGAAGAUAGGCCAAUAAUGAAUUUGGGGAGAAAAAAUAGUGCUCAACAUACAUAUAAUUCGGUUUCAGCACGCAUACACCUAUGGGAGGCAUGGACAGCAGUAAUUUGGUUUCUUAUUUGCUCAGUUUUGUCCUAUGGAUUGACAGAUGGGCUGCUUUCGAGAUGGAUUAUCAGAUAUUCACCGCAUGCGGUGCUAAUUCGGUUAAUUUCUUUAAAUAUGAUGAAUGCAUAUUUAACGGGAUGGGUUGUGUCAUCAAAUGAUGCUUUUAAACGGCUUAUUUUUUCAAUUUUUAUGGCAUGUAUACUUGCGUGUGCAUAUGUAGUACAGAAUUAUGUUACAAGUGAUAUUUUGUUUCUUGGUACAAAGGAAAUUCUUCCGAAUCGACAUUUUAAUCUUUUUGAUAUUGGGGUUUUUGUAGUGCUGCCGAUAGGAGCAGCAAGUUUUAUAACAAUGUUACUAGCAUUAUGGGCAUUAUGGGUGCCAGACCAUGUAUAA